GCCCGACCUUAUGCUGUGACGUUUGCCAUGGCUGUCAAGCGUGUUUCAGUGAAUUCAGAAGCACUCCUGUUCCUGUGAUAAGACGCUGAUCUUUUCUCACGCCGCGACCCUGCAGUACCCAAUUUGUACUAAAAGACCUUUAGAACCACUAACAAGUUAUUUCUCAAUACACUUACUCAGAAUGGAGAUAUUUUUCAUGCCUCCAGUCGGUACAAAAUGGACGGUUUCACAACACCUCCAGGGUAUCCAAUCCCCUGGCAGUCCAAUGUAUGACCUCACAAGCAGCCAGAAAUCAAGCUAAAACUUACCCUGCCGCUGAAAUUCAGGGCAUCGUCAGCCAAACAAGGGUAGCCACCAGGUCAUAAGUCAGUUUGCCGCUUCAUGGACAAGAAACCCGACCCGACCUAAAACGCCACGUCUCCCCCCUUUUCUCAGAACCAGGAAUCUCGUGAUAACUUCAUAAAACCUCCCUCUUCACGAAUCUAAGCCACUGUCAUUCCGUUUACGCUUACGACGCAGCGAAACUCCUUCUCCACUGCGGCCGGUCCCUUAUAAGCUGGAGACCGUUCUGUUAGCGGCGCCACUCACGGGCCGCUUGUAUGCCCCUCUGCGAUUGGGUUCCCUCACUUAAUUAAGCUCAACUUCCACUGCAACCUUGGUCUUUCACGACUCGCGAUAUCUCUUAGUUUUUGAAGAUCUCCUGGACCAACAUGACGGACAACCAUACAGAGGCUAAAGCCUCAACCACCACGAAAUCUCCCAUUGAGCGCAAGCCCGUGGGAGGCAUCCCUCCUGAGAGUCCUUCCGUCGAACGAGCCCCGACUCUUCCUCCACGACCAGCGCAAGACUCUGACGAAAAGACCUCUGAAGCUCUAAAAUGCGAUACUUGCUCUGUACCUGAAAAAGCUGGUUCUACAAGAAGCAAGUCUCCUCCUACACCGAUCAAGGUCGACAAGACGCAGCCCGAAGACUUUGAAGGCGAACUUGCGACGAAUAACGACUUACCCUCUGCCGAAACCCUCAAGAAGAUCGAAAACUACAUUGUUCUCGACAGACACGGAAAAUCGCACCCCUUCAAGACCCUUUACACUGGUAGCAACGUUGCACGACGCGUGCUCAUCAUCUUUGUUAGACAUUUCUUCUGUGGCAACUGCCAAGAGUUUCUGCGCUCUUUGUCCGAGGCUAUAACUCCCGAAGCUCUCUUGCGACUACCAGUGAGCACAUUCAUUGCGGUUAUUGGGUGUGGUGAUCCUGCGCUCAUUGAUAUGUAUGUCAAUGAGACAGGAUGUCGCUUUCCUGUAUAUACCGAUCCGACAAGGUCCCUUUUCGACGCCCUUGGCAUGUCCAAAACGCUGCAACUAGGCACCAAGCCAGCCUACAUGCGCCGAAGCAUGAUGCACAGCAUUGUAGGCAGCAUAGUCCAAGGAGUGAAGCAAAUACCAACUGGAAACGUUCUCAAGAUGGGUGAUCAGCGUCAAGUUGGCGGCGAGUUCCUCUUCGAACCCCGAGACAUCCUCACACCCGUCUCAACACCACGAGACGAAAAGGCGAAGCCUAUUAGCGCAUUCGAAGAAGCAGAAGAACGAGGCCCAGACUACGAUGGAAACGAGGAGAAGAGAGUUACAUGGUGCCAUCGAAUGAAGACGACGCGCGAUCACGCUGAGAUUCCUGAGCUCAUUGAAGUGCUGGGUCUAGACCAGACCACUACCGCUGGACGGGAUGUGAGUCGUGGCUCGAUCACUUCAGCGCGCAAGGGCAAGGGACAUAGCAUGGCGCAAGAGAUUCGCAAGCUGAGCGCGGAACGAUCUAGAACAUCGAACGAAACAUGAUGCGACUGCCAACUGAGUGGGCUACUGGAUUUGAGCAAAUUUGAGCAUUUCUGGUUCUUAUUACAGCGUUGGAGUAGGUUUUGGUUAUAUUGGCAUAGCUUGCGUUUUGGAAAGACUACGAUGAUAUGGUUAGAGAGACUUAGAAGAGAUAUCCUUUGACAUUGGCUGAUAGAAUGCACAAAGUAUUUAUUAUUUCUCUAUUCAGGUCUUCUAUUCAUGCACCCAACUUCCGUCUUCGCGACUUUGGAUCACUUCAUCUACUGGAAGUCUAAAGUCAAUGAUCUCUUUACCAUUGACUAGAUCAUUCUCCAUGGCCCUUCUAUCUCCCUCCUCAAGACCCUUCACAAUACCUGCUCUUACAUGUCUCUCUCGAAGUCGCCUCCUCGCAACCUCAAAAUCCACCUCAACGAACCAGACCUCAUCAAGAAGCUUCGCCGCAUCUCUCCAAACAUCCUGAUCUAGCGCAAGGUAGUUCCCCUCAAGCACAACAACACGAUGCUCCGGCUUGACGACAAUAUCGUCAUCUCGAGGAUCUUUCAGCGCAUGAUCAAAGGAUGGCGCAAGAAUUGGCUCUGGUGGAAUUGGCCUCUUGGAGAGUGCUUGGACAAGGGUGAGGAACUUGGAUGCAUCGAAGGUAAAGGCUGCGCCGCGGCGGAAAUGGGCGGUAUCAGGGUCUGGCAUAGCGGAGAGGGCGGCGCGGGUGAGAUGGAAGCCGUCCAUGGGAACGAAUGUUGCUGGAGGAGGAGAGGAAGGAUCUGAAGAGGAGGCGCGGGCAUUGAUUCGGUCGGUGAUGAUUUGUGAGAAGGUCGUUUUGCCUAAAGUUGUGAGUGUCGAGACUUGAAGUCGAAUGGCUUUACUGACCUGAGCCGGGGAUACCAGCAACGCCGAUCACUAAGAGUGUUAACCAGAUAAUCCAUUUGGUCCGGUGUGAAGUAUAUCGAUGUAAAGAAGGGUAACGUCUCAGCUCAUGAGAGCUCUAUUGAAAGAAGAUGAGAGCUGACAAGUACUCACAUAAUCUCUUAUCCUUUGGCGUUUCCUCAUACUUCUUCCACGCCUUCUCGACGAGCCUUUCAACCUGGCUCUCCAUAUUUGCGAAUUAUGUUAAAUGAGAAUGAAAUGAGUCGAAGAA